GAAUAAUAUAAUAUAUUACAUUAACUACAAUUUCCUUAAUUAAUUUUUUAUAUAGAAAAACUAAUGGAAGGGGCUCAACUGUUUUUAAUAGAAUUAUUAGUUGAUACAGUUAAUAUUCCUAGAAUACGGGCGAUCUACGAUGAAAUAUUGCCGGCCAAAACAUGCAUCUCCUUUCAAAUAUUGAACUUACCCCUUAUCAAAAUCUAUCAAGAAACCCCAACAGAAACUUGUGCCUGUACCGAUAAUGGAUUGCAAGUCUUUAAAAAGGGCAAGUCUUGCUUAUUUUCUCUUCCAAACAAUGUCCUACAAAAACCGUUGUGCAACUUUCCCAUAACAAUGUCCGUCUAUAAAGAACUACCGCCAGGAGUUUUGCCGGACGUGAUGCUAAUCGGCACUCACCAGAUUCAACUUCACAGCCUUAUAAAUUCCCUGCUAAGAAUGCACGCCUCUCAGCACAGCAAUCCGUGCAAAACGUUGAAGAAUGCUUUUAAAAUUACCACAGCGACAGGGCAACAUGUGGGUGAAAUCACAGUUUUCAUCCGCGUCUCGUGCUUCGGCAAGAAGAUUGUCACGCAAUUUCAGCUUCCUCACAAUAGGCAAUCCUACCUUUUCAAGGGCGUCGACAGUGGCCCUGUGUAUCAGUGUAAGAGGAUCACUUCCGCUUUGGACAGACGACAGGUAAAAUGCGUGUGCCCUUCCAAGAACGGUAAUGGCAGCGGAGAAACCGCAAGAACUUACUACCCCGUUAGCGCGGACGAACCCCGGCAAAGGGUACGACUAGAGGAUAUCAAAAAAGAUCAAUGUUUACUGUGUUGCCGCGGCGGGCGGGAUGUCGUCAAGAGCAAGGAAAUUGUUAGGAAAUGUGGCUGCGUCAUUAAAGAAGAACGGGCUUGCAACUGCCCCCGGUCAAGUAUCAAAUAUUCAACGUAAGCGGAGAAAGAAAAAAACGGUUCUAAAAGUCAACGGAUAAAAAAUGUAGAAAUCAAGUUACUCAAGAUAACGAAGGAUCUCGGCCGAUCGAUGUUUCCCGUCGUUUCGAUCCUCAUCCGGCAUCAUCCGCGCGCGCUCCUGCGUAUUUGAAUCUUCGUUUAUUCCUGUCCAGCGUCGCGGGGGGCGCCGUGAUGGAACCAAAGGGAUGCGACCACGGGAGGAAGGGAGGCCCGGUCGACGACCCGCCGCUCUCAUCCCCGCCAACCCCUUACCUCGCUGCGGGGUGCUAGGCCGAUAUUGUCGCGUCUGCGCGAUGAACAACGUGAGACAGUCGGGCUAAAGGGGAUCCGCGGUGGAGAC